CCUUUUGCAAAAUAGUUGUGCGCAUGCGCGAAAAAACAGCUCGCUAGGCGCACCCUCUACUUGGAUGGAAAACAAACCGCUUCCCACCGGCCGAGCAGGCGUCAAUGCUAGAGGCGACUGAUGUGGCUGCGUUUUCAGCAAUGCCAACUCAUUGUGUUGCUUACGGCUGCACGAAUUAUUUUUAUGGAAAAAAUAAGGUUAGUUUUUUUAGAUUUCCAAGCAAGAAUAAGGUGGCCAGGAGAGCAGCGUGGAUUGCGGCUAUCAGACGCCUGAAUCCCGACAGUUCGGCAUGGGAGCCAAAAGAACAUUCGCGCAUUUGCAGCGCGCAUUUCAUCACAGGCAAGUUUCCUUCUUUUAUUUUUCAUUUUAUUCUCGUUUGCACAAUUUCUCAUAGAUGACAGUGUCCUUUUUCCAUCCUAGGCCGGCCGUCUAACUUCGUGAAGCACCCUGAUUACGUUCCGACAGUCUUCACGUACAUGCGUACUCCUGGCGACGCUGCUGUGCGACGACACGGCCGCUGGUUGAAACGGCAGCAGAUCGAGUGUGUUGCGGGCACUGAGCGAGAAGUGGAACGACAGCAGAACGCCGAUUCCGAUCGAGCCCAUGCGCUCCAGAUUGGCCAAGGAACACCAUGUGCAUCCCCACACAUCCUAGCACACGACAUAAGGCCUGGGGAUGACACAGAGAUGCUGGAACCUGCAGACGGCGAAACAGUUCAAGAUAUUACAUGUAACAUCUUAAGAGAACUAACAGCGAGAAGGCCAUCGAGCACCAUGCCCAAAAUGAGCCUCUUCAGAACGUGCUCGGCCAACUGGACAGCCGAACCUUUAUAG